AUGCACACCGCCACCAUAAUGCCACUGUCUGUGGCGGUGAAAUAUACUGUGGCUAGUGAAGCUAGUCAGCAAGUCCUAGAUCCAUCGUCUGUGGUCCCUACUAACAAGACCCCCAUUUCUUCAUAUCCUCACCAAUCCACCAUGGAGUCGUCAAAUGGAAACACACCUCGCACAGAGGAGUCGGAGGGGACUCUAAAGCCCCCAGAGGGCAUGGUUCUCCCUCCCAAGGAUAUCCGAAAAGCCAUCGAGACCACAGCAAGCUACGUCGUUCGCCAUAAAGGUACUUUUGAAGACCGCAUUCGCCAGAAGGAAAAGAACAACUACAAAUUCUCAUUCCUGACCCCUGGGGAUGCCUAUGAGCCCUAUUACCAAUGGUAUACGGCCGAGUACAAAGCAGGCCGAGUAUCUGGACCAGGAGGGCGAGCUGGCGAGACUGUCGCCGCCGCCGCGCCCGAAAAGCCCAAGGGGCCACCCGAACCGUCCUCAUUCCACUUCUCAGCGCGCAUGCCUAUUAUCAAUGCACAGGAUUUGGACGUUGUCAAGCUCACGGCGUUAUUUGUCGCGAAGCGGGGGAAGUCAUUCAUGACUGCGCUGUCGCAGCGCGAGGCCAGAAAUUUCCAAUUCGACUUCUUACGGCCACAACAUAGUCUCUACCAAUUCUUCACGCGAUUGAACAAAUUCCACGUCAUGGAGCGUGCUAAGCAGCGCGCAGAAUGGGUGAAAUACCAGCGGCAACAAAAGCAAGAGAAGGAAGAGCAAAGUGAACAGGAGCGCAUUGAGUACGCCCAGAUCGACUGGCACGACUUCGUCGUAGUCGAAACCGUCGAGUUCACCGAGCACGACGACCACGCGGACUUGCCACCGCCGACCUCCGCCAAUGACCUGCAGUCCGCCUCCCUCGAGCAAAGAGCUGCACUUUCCCUCAGCACACGACGGAUCGAGGAAGCGAUGCCCACCGGCCUCGACGAACCCGUCUACUACAACGCCUACCCAGUCCACCCCGCACCCAUGCCCAUGCACGCCCCCCAACCCGCAGUCUCGCCCUACCCAGCAGGCCAGUAUACCAACCCCGAGGAAGACCAGCGCAUCCGCGAGCGGACCCAAGCACGCGACCAAGCGGCCGCCGCCCAGGCAGCAGCCCAAGGCCAACAGCCAAUGCGCAUCCGCUCAGACUACGUGCCCCGAGCCCAGGCCCGCCGGCAACAAGCCCAGAUGGCGAUCUGCCCUUACUGCAACCAGAAAGUGCCCUCCAACGAGCUGGACGAGCACAUCCGUAUCGAGCUGCUCGACCCGCGCUGGAAAGAGCAGCGUGCGAAGGCCGAAGCCCGCAGUGCCACCACCAACCUCUCCACCGUCGACGUGGUCAACAACCUCAAGCGUCUUGCAAGCCAGCGCAGCGACGUCUUCGACCCUUCCCCCCUCGACUCGGAGGAGGAAACUCGCCGCAAGCGACUGGCUAUGGGUCUCGAUGGCGCGGCUGGCCCACAAAACCCGAAUGCUGGCCCGGCUGGUGUGCAGCAUCCCAACCCCCAGAGUAUGAAUAUCGAAGACCAGCUCCGACAUAUUCACCAGCUUGCCAAGAAAUGA